UUUUGUUCCGACUGGGUUGGAAAAAAAGACAUUCGUGCUGUACAGACGUCGGUCCGGGACGUUACGUGAUGACGUAUAUAGCAUGCGUGCUACAAAUCGGGUAGCGAUAGGCUGAGGCGUGUAAACACUGCAGUUCAGGAAUGUCGACUGAAAGCGACGCGGGAGAAUACCGUUUGGUGAAACAUCCUUCCAGUUUCUCACGUUAGCGUCACGCUGUGUCCAGCCUCCAUUCAGGUGGUCCGGUCAGAGCAGGAGCCCUGCUGUGAGAUCAGAGCCACAUGCCACAGGCCGGGAGAGAAGCUGACAUCUUCCAGCAAUAAAACCACCUGCAGCACGAACCAGAAACCUUCUGGUGAGAGUGUCGGAGAGGUUAAAAAAAGAGGAGCCGGAAUACCUGAUGUCUGAGGGUGUGGGGACCACGAAGGACAGCACCCCCGAGGUAUGUCAGAGAGCCUGCAGUUUGAGCAGCACACUGUGAACAUGAACAGCCGCAGCUGUGGGCGCAGUCUUCACAACACACCGAAGAUGCUGUACACUGAGAGAGUGCAGCCUAAAGAUGAUGAUUACCUCUAUUGUGAGGAUUGCCAGUCUUCCUUCACUGACCAGUGUGAGGUCCACGGUCCUCCUGUCUUCAUCCCUGACUCUCCUGCACUUGUGGGGGUCCCUGGCAGGGCCCUCCUCACUCUGCCUCCUGGUUUAGAGGUUAGGCCAUCCAGUAUCCCUGGGGCAGGCCAAGGGGUGUUUAACCAGGGGCAGACUGUGCCCAGAGGAGUGCAUUUCGGGCCCUAUGAAGAAGAAGUCACUGGGAAAGAGGAAGCCAUUGACAGCAGCUACUCCUGGGUGGUUUGCAAGAGCAAAUGGUGUGAGAUGUACGUUGAUGCCAGGAGAGAAACCCACUCCAACUGGAUGAGAUAUGUGAACUGUGCCCGUGAUGAGGAGGAACAGAACCUGGUGGCCUUCCAGCACAAAGGGGGCAUCUUGUAUCGCUGCUGCAAGCCAAUUGCCCCUGGGCAGGAGCUCCUGGUAUGGUAUGCAGAAGAUUACGCCAAGGACCUGGGCAUCACCUUUGACUGUUUGUGGAAUAAAAAGUGCUAUUCACAAGCAAGGAGAGCAGAUAAAUCCACCCAAGGAUUCCCUUGUUCUCAGUGUCCCUUCUCCUUCACAGCGGACAUUUAUCUCCACAGACACAUUAAAAGAUCUCACCCUGAGGAGUAUGUCGGACAGCUGAUGUCUGGAUCUGUCAACACAUCCCAGCAUUUCCCAUCUUCUGCUGGCCCCAGUGCCUCUCAGCCCAGAACAGACACAUUCAGUACCAUGAAUGAAGCGGGUUCAGGCACUCUGAAGGCUCGACAGGAAUCCCAGGCUGAAAAGACACUCGGUGUAAAGAGCAGUCGCAAAAAACACCAUCAGACACACACAGGAGAGAGGCCCUACCAGUGUUCCCAGUGUGGGAAGAGAUUCAGUGAAUUAGGAACUGUAAAGAAACACCAACGGAUUCACACAGGGGAGAGGCCCUACCAGUGCUCCCAGUGUGAGAAGAGUUUCAGUGAAUUAGGAACCCUAAAGAGACACCAGCGGAUUCACACAGGUGAAAAACCCUACCAGUGCUCCCAGUGUGGGAAGAGUUUCAAUCAUUUAGGAAACCUAAAGACACACCAGCGGAUUCACACUGGGGAGAGGCCCUAUGAGUGCUCCCAGUGUGGAAAGAAAUUCAGUCAUUUAGGACCCCUGAAGACACACCAACGGAUUCAUACAGGGGAGAGGCCCUACCAGUGUUUCCAGUGUGGAAAGAGCUUCAGUGAAUUAGGACACCUAAAUUCACACCAACGGAUUCACACAGGGGAGAAGCCCUACCAGUGCUCCCAAUGUGGAAUGAACUUCAGGCAUUUAGGACCCCUGAAAACACACCAGCGGACUCACACAGGGGUGGGGCCCUACCAGUGCUCCCAGUGUGGGAAGAGCUUUAGUCAGUCAGGACACCUAAAGACACACCAGCGGACUCAUACAGGGGAGAAGCCCUACCAUUGCUCCCAGUGUUGGAAGAGCUUCAGUAGUUUAUCAAACUUAAAGAAACACCAGCGGAUUCACACAGGGGAGAGGCCCUACCAGUGUUCCCAGUGUGGGAAAAGUUUCAGUCAGUUGGAAACCCUAAAGAAACAUCAGCGGAUUCACACGGGAAGGAGGACAGCGCGGUAGCACAGCUGUUAACACUGUUGCCUCACACCGUUAGGAGCAAGGUUUGAGUCUCCACCUCCAGCAACAUGUGUGUGGAGUUUGCGUGUUUCCCUGUGUUGUCAUGGGGUUUCUUUCAGGUUUUUUGAUUUCCCUCCAUGCAACACUAAAAAAUAAUAGUGUUUAAAGUUGCCAGCACUUUCUUCACUCAAUAACUGCAAAGUUCCAAAUCUCCUCUGGCAUUAACCCCAGCAGAGAAUCCGGGAGCUUUCUGGAAAGGGCUUCCAUAGCCAAGCAGCUGCAUGCAAGCUUCACAUUGCCAAGCACAAUGGCAAGUCUUUGAUGGAGUGGUGUAAAGCACGCUGCCACUGGACUCUGGAGCAGUGGAAAUGUGUUCUGUAGAGUGAUGAAUCGCACUUUUCUCUCUCUGGCAGUCUGAUGGACAAGUUUGGGUUUGGCAGAUGCCAGGAGAAUGUUACCUGCCUGACUGCAUUGUGCCAGCUGGAAAGUUUGGUGGAGGAGGGAUAAUGGUAUGGGGUUGUUUUUCAGGGAUUGGGCUAGGGCCCCUUAGUUCCAGUGAAAAGAAACCCUUAAUGCUUCAGCAUACCAAGACAUUUUGGACAAUUCUAUGCUUCCAACUUUGUGGGGACAGUUUGGGCAAGAUCCUUUUUUGUUCCAGCAUUUUUGUGUUGUAAGGGCCAUAAAGACAUAGUUGGGUGAGUUUGGUGUUGAAGGACUUGAGUGGUUCGCACAGAGCCCUGACCUGAACCCCACCGAACACCUUUGGGAUGAACUAGAAUGGAUAUUGCGAGCCAGCCCUUCAGGGCUCUUCUGGAUGAAUGGGCAAAAAUUGCCACAGACAUACUCCAAAAUGUUGUGGAAAGUCUUCUCAGAACAGUAGCAGCUGUUAUAGCUACAAAGGAAAGACCAAAUACAUAUUGAUGUCUAUGGAUUUAGAAUGUGAUGUCCUGUUCCUGUGGGGGUAAUGGUAAUGUGUCCCAGUGCUUUUGUCCAUAUAUUGUGCAUCAUGAGCAUGAAUUCUGUGAGUGAUAAUCAAGUCUACUGUGUGAUUGUGCACGUGCAUUGGUCCCAUUACUUGCUAGUAACAUCCAACAGAGUCCAGGAGAGAAAUCUACAGAUAUUAUAAUAUUCUCUAAAUUAAUGAUUAAGUCAGUGGGAAGUUCCCCAAAUUCAGUUAGGACCGAUGUGUAUGGUCCAAGUGGUUUCUGUACUAUAAGAAUGUAGAUGGGUGGGUCAGACACCAUUUGAAGUAGCAUUGCUUCAAAUGUCAUAAAAUCUUUCAUGAUUUUGAGUUUAAUAAAGUUAUGUAUGGUAACUUGCAUGAACAUCUCAUCCACAAACCAAAUCAGUAUUUUGUAACAAAACAAUAAAUGUCAUAUGCUGUAAUUAAGAUGAAAACUUACCUAGUCAAUUAUGUCAUUCAUACAGGGUGUGUACGGUUACUUCUUCUUUUGAAUUUUUUUAAAUCAAUGUUAUAUCAAAGUACAAUCCCGCCAAUCUUGAGCAGUAUCUUCAUUAUACUCAGCGCAUGUUGUGAGUAUGGAAGACCAACGGGGCAGAAAACCAGAUUUUUAUUGACAUUAACUGUGUUAUAAUUAUUUGUUUAUUAAUUAAUUGUUUAUUUGGAUUGUCCUGUCCCGUUUCUGUGCACGUCCACCCAGCUGUCUGCCCCGUAUCACUUACACCUGCCCCUCAUUGAUUGUACUUAUCACCCUCACCUGUGUUUGAUAGUCUCUGAUCCAUUGUGAUGCCCUACAUAUGUUUAUUCUCAGUGUAUAUAUGUGCCCCUCUGUCUUGUGCUUCCCAGUCUAGUCAUUGUUACUCUGCUGCUUGUCCUAAUCACUCUAAUAAAGUUUCCUUUGGAGUUAA